AUGGUUCAAUUCUUUGAAGGAUAUAAGCCUACUGUCAUUUGUAGAAUUAUUGAAUGGAGGAGACCUGCACCUGGAAUUUACAAGUGCAAUACAAAUGGAGCUGCUAAAGGAAAUCCAGGUCCAAGUUCUGCUGCCUUUUGUAUAAGAAAUAAAAGGGGAGAUCUGGUGUAUGCAGCUGCAAAAACUUUGGCAGAUGGAACAAAUAUUAUGGCUGAGGCUGAGGCUAUUAGAUUGGGACUGAGGCACUGUGUGGUAAAACAACUUUUUCCAGUGAUCAUAGAGACAGAUUCCAUGACCAUGAAGAUGAUUCUAAAUGAUGAAUGGAAGGUUCCUUGGAGAUCAGUUCAGUUUCAUAACUUUCAGGAAUUUCCAAGUCAAGCUAAGAGGAUUUUGAAUUUGGAGAAGAGAGGAAUUCCAUACUUGAGAAUAAGAACCAUUCAAGAUAAAGCACCAGAUUGA